CCAUGGUUAAUUAUCAUCAUCCAUAUACAGAGUUACAGACGAGAAGAAAGGCGUGGCUUUCCUCGUUCCAUCCCCCAAUCUCGCCGCCGCCGCCGCCGCCGCCGCGCCUGCUUCGAUUCGUCGAGUCCCGUUGCAGUUGGUCCGGAUCCGGAGGCGGAGCCGGAGCCGGAGAAGAAGAUGAAGGCACGGCAGUUGGUGAACGUGGUGAUGCGGAGGUACGGCAUGGGCAGCAGCCACUAUUCGGUGAGCCGCAUCAAGCCCGAGGAGCAGCUCUUCUUCCCAUCAACCAAGGAGGCGCGGGAAGCAUCCAGCACGGGGACGGGGGAGAUGGAGACCAUCUCCAGGAUGCCCGCCGCGCCCAGCCUGAGCCUCGUACGCUCGGCGGUUCUGGUGGAGAGGCUGGAUUUCCUCCCUUUCUACGAGCGCAAGAUCCUCUGCGUCGACGCCCAGGGCCGCACCGUCCUAUACGACGCCGACGCCGACGCCGACGCCGGCCUCCUCCAUCCGCUGCCCUCCCUCAGGGGUCCCAAGGGGCCCAACCCCAUCUCCUUCUCCAUCCUCGACAGGGAGCCUCUGGACCCGCGGCGGGCCGACGUCCUGUACGUCAUGCCCAGGUGCCCUCGGCGCUACGACUACUACAGCUUCGAGGCCCUCAUGUACAGCGACCCCUCCAACGGCAGGAAAGGCUGGCGGUGGCACCGCCUCCCGCCUCCGCCCGCCUCCGCCAACGGCUGCCACGCGCUCGUCGACAAGGACGGCGGCGGCGACCCCAUCCUCGUCGUCUCCUCCGCCGACGGCACCCACUGCUUCCACACCUUCACCAACACCUGGUUCGAGGCUGGAGGCUGGAGGCUGCCGUUCGCAGGCCGUGCCCACCGUGUUGCUGAGCUCGACAACCUCUGGUUUGGCAUCGCCCGCGCCUGGCCCUACGACCUUUGCGCCAUGGACCUCUACCCCCUCUGCGGCGGCCUAUGCCCCGAGGCCGAGGCUCCGCGGCUGGCCUACAGCUGGGGAGACCACCUUAGCCUGCCGGACGACUGGGAGAUGAUGGACUGCAGCAUGGUGUACCUGGGCGGCGGCAGGUUCUGCGUCGCCAAAAUCUUUGAAUUCUGCCACGGCGAUGAUGACCGCAAGGGGAUGGGUGUCAUCUCUGGCUUGGAGGUGGUGCGCCAAGGGGAGCCAUCCAAACUCGUCAUGGUCAAGCACAAGUCCAAGCUCUACAAGUUUACCAGGGAUGAGAUCCAGUGUAUCCUCUAGACUAGAGCAAAUGAACAAUGUUCAUGCUAAGUAACUACUCCCGGAGGUAGAUGAGGGAGUAGCAUGGGAGCAAACAAUAUCUGGACGAGUGCUAUGUGUGUGUUGGCUAGUUUCUUGGACAGCAGCACUUGUGUGAAUGCGAAUGCGAUUUGAUUUUGGUUGUAAUGUAAAUUUCCCCCUGCC